CAGGCACACACACACACACACACACACACUCUCUCCUCCCUCAGACACACACGCGCGCACACACACACUCACACACUCUCCUCCCUCAGACACACCCACGCACGCACACACACACACACAGACAGACUCUCUUCACUGCGAGACCUGCAUCCUGAUCCCCAGGGUGUUCACCACUCCCCACGCCAUGAACAGUCCGGCCAACGUGAAGGCCAUCAUGGCCCGCUUCAACACUGGGACAGGCUCCUCAGAGGAUACCCCUGCCGUGGAGGUCCCAGGGGCGCGCCCCAAAGUGCCUGUGCACCCCACCUUUUCCUCAGGACCCCAGCUACAGACGAAGAAGCAUGCGCUGGAGAGCAGCCUCUCUGGAGGGGUCCGUGUGGGGGGGACCCCCAAACCCAGUUUCCUGAAGGGCACUGCCUCCACCACGAGUGCCCCGGAGGUGUGUGAGUUCCCCCGGCCCAAACCCCUGGCAGGUAAAUUCGGAGCCCCCCAGGACGAAGGGAAGCCCGCUGUCGCUAAGCAACCGGCUUUCAAACCCAAACCGCCAGACCUGUCGAGGGACUCUGAGCCCAAACCCCUGAUCCCCAAAGUGCCUGUGCAGAAGCCCUCUCUGAGCGGCACCCCAGAGGGCAAGUCCUUCCCCAAACCCCCCCUUGCCCUGGCCAAACCCCCCCUUGCCCUGGCCAAACCACCCCCCGCCCAGGCAAAACCGCCCCUCGCCCAGCCCAAACAGCCCCCCGCCCUCACCAAGCCACCCCUCGCCCUAGCCAAACCACCCCCCUCCCAGACCAAACCCCCCUGGGUCAAAGACGAUGCCAAAAGCGAGGAUGGGGGGGCAGGUGCUGGGCUCAACGCCCCCAAAAUGCCCCUGGCUCCCAAACCCAAGAGCUCAGUGAUCGCAAUGCGCACCCAGGUGGAGGAUGGGGGGGGCCCGGCCCCCUCCCCGCUGAAAGCCUCCAGCUUCCGGGCGGCGAAGAGUCUCUUCAACAAGGACAGCAUCGACGGCCAGGGACCGGAGAAGAGCGGACUCUCGCCCCUCAACUCCCAUGAUCCUCCAGGGCCCAAACCCUCCUUCGCCCCCAGGGCCAGCUUCGUGAAGACGCAGCGGGACCAGAAGGAGAAUGCAAACCCGUCCGCUCCGAAGAGGAACCCGUUGCUCAAUAAGCUGGCCCUGGGGAACCCCCCAGCCAAGCCCAACAGGCCCCCCAGCGUCAACCUGGAGAAGUUCAGGAAGCAGGCCGAGAACCCGGCCAACGGUCUCGGGAUGAAGAAGGAGAGUCCUCUUCCUCCUCCUCCCCCCAGCAACCACGUGGCUCCUCCCCUGCCCUCCCCCGCCUCGGCCCCCAGCCUGCCCCCCCGGCCCACUGCAGCCAUGAUCCAGCCGGACCCAGAUGAAAACUACGAUGACGUUGGGGUGAUGAGCAGCCUUCCCCCCCCGCCCCCCGGAGGUCAUCCCAGCCAGACUGCCGAGGACAGUGAAAGCGAUGGGGAGAUGUACGAGGAUCUUGAGGAGAGAUGGUCGGCAGCUGAGUCAAAAGAACAGGAGAAGAAGCGGGAAAAAGAGGAGAAGAAACGGAUUGAGCAGGAGAAGAAAGAACAAAAAGAGAGAGAGAAGAAAGAGCAGGAGGCCAGAAAGAAAUUUAAGCUGUCUGGACCGAUAGAGGUGAUCCACAAGCUCAAGGCCAAGGUGGACUGCAAAGGGAGCAAGACUGAUCUGUGUCUGAAACAGGGUGAUCUCAUCGAGAUCGUCCGCAUUUCGGACAACCCCGAGGGGCGCUGGCUGGGCAGGACAAGGGAGGGCUCCUUUGGCUAUGUAAAGACAGAGUCUGUGGAGAUCAACUUUGAUGCUCUAAAGCGUCAGGGAGCAUCACUUCCUGUUCCAGGAAAGGAGGAUUUAGAGGUGUAUGAUGACGUCGGUGCCCAGGAUGACAUCAUCAGUGUUAAAGGUCCAGGAGUGGUUCUCCCACCCCCGCCAGACGAGCAAGGAGAAAUCUAUGACGACCUGGAGGAUCUGGACCUGAAUGUGAGUGACACUGCAACGGAACUGCGGUCCCCACCCAAACUGCAAGGCUUUCUUAAGAUGUUUAAGAGCUUGGACGACUGGAGAAAAAGCCCAACCAGCAAUAAUGAAGUGCCCCCGCCUCCUCAGUUCACCCCUGCAGGUAGCGCAGAGAAGCCUGAGGCCCUGAUUGAGGAGGAGAUAUACGACGAUGUGGAUUCCCAAACCUGUGCUGCCCCUGCUGCCCCUGCUGCCCCCACCGCAAUUUCCUCACUAGGCAGUCUUCUGCAGAUGCAUUCAAAGGCCAAAACAGAGGAGAAGGACCCGAAGAAGCAGAAGAAGUUUGAGAAGGAGGAGAAAGAGUUCAGGAAGAAGUUUAAAUUUGAUGGUGAGAUCCAGGUGCUCUACCAAGUGACCAUCAUUUCCCCGCUAACCAAUAAGAAGUGGGGAAACAAAGACCUGCCCCUGAGGCCGGGGGAGACCGUGGAUGUCAUCGUCAAGCCCGCAGAUAACAAGCUGAUUGGCCGAAACGAGGAGGGGAAGUUUGGUUAUGUUUCUACAAGCCACAUUGUAGCUGAGGACGCUGAUAUUUAUGAUGACAUUGGUGAAGAUUGCAUCUAUGAUAACGACUAAGGCACACCUGCACAGGCUGAUGUGGCUCGGUUUUCCUGGUCCGUGAUGCAGAACGUGUUUAUUGCUUGUGAAUGCCGCAGGGAGGACUGAGGAAUCCCAUUCCAGUUUGCUCACAGCCUGGUGCUACCAGAGAGCAGGCUAAGGUUUCAGUAAUGCCCUUUCUCAAAAUGGACCCAACGUGCUCUCUACCCCUCAACCAGAGAGCAGGAUAAUGUGACAAUAAUGCCCUAUCUCAAAAUGGAUCCCGCAAGCUUUCUACCCAUCAACCAGAGAGGAGGAUGUUGUGUCAAUAAUGCCCUUUCUCAAAAUGGAUCCCGCAAGCUUUCUACCCCUCAACCAGAGAGGAGGAUGUUGUGUCAAUAAAGCCCUUUCUCAAAAUGGACCCAGCAUGCUCUCUACCUCUCAACCAGAGAGCAGGAUGAUGUGUCAAUAAUGCCCUUUCUCAAAAUGGACCCGCUUUAGUCACAGAGGGCUGAAAUCCAGCAGGAUUUGUUGAUCCUGGUGGUUAAGAGCAAAAAUUAAACAUACCAGCAGCCUUCCAGGGCUAGCUCUGAACACCAGUGUUGCGCGGGUCACAUACAAAGGGCCAAGCUAAGGGCCAGAGAGGACUGCGGUCUACAUAUCCCCUGUAAUCUACACAUUUUGUGAAAGAUGGUAUCUUCACUUUGCUGGCUUCAAAUUCAUGUUUUGGUGGCUAAAAUGAUACGCAGUCUUUCUAUUGUCUUUUUAAAAUAAAAAAUGAAAUGUA